AUUGUUGUUGUUGCUGCUGCUGCAGUCCCAGGAUACGAGAGGGAGGAGCUUCGCUGCCAACCUCCCAGGCAGCCCAUCACACUUUCCACUGCCUUCUUCCUCUCCGCCUGCCCGGCAUCCUUGCACAAGGCUAGCUGGCAGCAGAAGCGGCUCAGCCUCUCGCCGACUGGGACAGCAUCUCUCUCCGUAGGCGGCAGACCUCCGCAGCACGGUUCAAGUGAGACUCCAGGGAUCUAAUCUGUUGUGUGUCGUCCUACAGAAUGAGGCUCGCCGAGGGUCUAGAAGCCGCCGGAUUCCUGUCCCGCCGGAGCUGACAAGGUGCCGGACAUCGCAGGGGCUGGAGGUCGCAGCCGAAGGUGAUUCUCCAACGUCAAGGCACACCCAGGGCGUUUCUCCUCUGUCUCUUCCAGAUUCCCCCUGAGGAAGCCAGAGGGAUCCUUGCUCGCUCCCCGGCUGGGACUGGAAAUAGGAUACUGGCUCACAGCUGUCUGUGCAGGGACUCUGUCCCUUGUGCCGAUGUCAGGCUGCCGCCCCCGAUGUGCCCACCCUCUCCGGGGAGAAGAAAUGAAGCAGAAAUGAACUCUGACAAUGGGGCACGGCCCCUGUCUCCCUGGGAGCCAGAUCCGCUGCUGCGUGGGGGGCAAAGGGCCCCCGAACCGCCCCGGCACGCUCUGCCCCUUGUCUUCACGGUGUUCGUCUGGCUGGUGACGGGGACCACCAUGUCCAGCCUCAACAAGUGGAUCUUUGCCGUCCACAACUUCCGCUACCCGGUCUUGCUCUCCUCCCUGCACAUGCUGACGGCCGUGGUGGUGGGCAACCCUUUGGCGAAGCUGUGGGCCGGCAGCGCCGGGUACCCCGCCCCGUGCCCUGGAGCCAAGGGCAGGCUUUUCCUGCUGAGCCUGACUUUCUGCGCCAGUGUGGCCUUUGGGAACCUGGGGCUGAACUACGUGCAGCUGGACUUUGCCCAGAUGGUUUACACUACAACGCCGUUCUUCACCCUGACGCUCUCCAAGGUGCUGCUUGGGAAACACCACCACCCCCUGCAGUACGUGGCCAUGGGGCCCAUCUGCUUGGGGGCUUCCUUGAGCAUCGUUGGGGAGGUGCAUUUCGACCAAGCCGGCUGCUGCUUCCUGUUUGCCGCCACUUUCCUCCGCGGGCUGAAGUCCAUACAGCAAAGUACCUUCCUGCAGGAGGAGCGCCUGGACUCCUUGACCUUGCUCUGCCUCACCUCGCUGCCCAGCUUCUACAUCCUCUUUGCGGCCGCUCUGGUCCUGGAGGUGGGGCCCGCCUGGGACGGCACCCUGGCCUACGGAGGGGAUCUCUGGGCCUGUGUCCUGCUCAGCUGCCUGGGCUCGGUGGUGUACAACCUGUCCAGCUUCUACGUCAUCUCGCUGACGUCGGCCCUCACCAUCCACGUCUUGGGGAACUUCAACGUUGUGGGCAACCUCCUGCUCUCCCACUUCCUCUUUGGCAGCCGCCUGACGCUGCUCAGCUACGCGGGGAUCACCCUCACCCUCUUCGGGGUCUUCAUGUACCAUCACUGUGACUGCAUCGCCUCCCGCUGGCGCUCGAGGGGUGGGCGGGGCAAAGAGGAGUAAGCAGAGAGAGGGAGGACGUGAUUGGAGCUGUGACUGCCAAGCACAGGAGCCGUAGGGCCAAUGGGGUGGGGUGGGGUGGGGUCUGCUCCGCCAACCUCAGCCUGCUCUCGUCCAGCCCCCAUCUGGUCCAGGAGGGUUGGCACUGGCUGCCGGCUUCCUGCUCCCCGGUCUGAGUGUUGCUCAGCCGGGAGGAGGACGGGGAAGAAUGAGUUGACUCGGCCUGCCGUGGCCUCUCUGGCGCCACCUACUGCUGGGCUCCCUGCUUUCUGUCCUGCCAAUCCCAAUGGGUGCCAGCCACUACUGCCGCUGUAGGAGGGAGUGCCACUUCUCUCUGAUGGAUCAUAGCACGCCUCUACGUUGCAGGGGAGGGGGCAGUGGGCGCUCAGAUGCAAGAAUUGUGGGAAGGCUUAUCCUCCCCCAAAUAACUCAGCCCCAUCUGACCCCCCAGGCAUUUUACUCACUGGGCAAGAGAUACAGCAGUUGAUUUUUAGAGGAAGCCAGGAGAUGGCACCUCUCCCCACCGAAGGAUUUGACGGAAGGGGGUGCGGGGAGCGGAUUCUGCUGCGUAUCUGAAUUCUCACCUACAUCGAAUCUUUUUUUAAAAAAAUAUUUUAAAAAUCCCUGCCCCUAGAAAGCUAGCACCUUGGGGAGAGAGGAUUCUGUUCUCGUUUUCUCCCUGAUGUGCUAGAAUUCUACAGGCAGGUAGGCUCCCCAGCUCCUCCGAGGCAGAUAAUUCAAACAUGCAGACUCUGGGGAAGAGAGAAGGGAAGAGCGGAGCUGCCUCAGUAGAAGAGCUCCCUGGCACCAGCCGCUACUUCUCAUAGGGCUAAAAAUUGGGGGGAACCAAGUGUUUCCUCCUUUUUUAAAAAAUGUUGAGACUUGAACGUGUGCCGAAGUGCACCUCUGAUCUCCGCAAGCCACUUUGCAGCCAUGCUAAUUCUCAUGCCAGUUCCUUCACAACCCCUCCGAGGGAUUGAUGUGGGAUUGAUGCCCGCAGAGGGAGGUGGCACAGAGUUCCCCCUUUCCUUGGGCAGGGCUCCCCACUUGGUACUAAAGUAUUGAAUGAGCUGGGGGGAGGAGCUCCCAUAGAGGAGGAACAUGGAGAUGAAAAGUGGGGUGUUCAGGGGCAUCCAUGUGCGUGCGUGUGUGUGUGUGUGUGUGUGUCUAUGUCUAUUUCCGUUCUCUACUGCCAUCUGGUGGGGUGGCGUAUAGUGCAAUUUUUAUGGAUGGAUGUUUUAUUUCUAUGCUGCCUGCUAAUGGAUUAAGGGUGUGUGAGAGAGAGAGCGCAUGCACAUUUGCUUAUGAGUAGACACCCAUUAGUAUUUCCUUAUCUUCACUGGGCUACAUCAAGGAUGAGGAGAUCUGCAGCCCUCCAGUUUCUGUUGGACUACAGCUCCCAUCAGCCCCAGCCAUCCUUGUCAGUGGUUAGGGAUGAUGGGAAUUGUAGUCCCAGCAUCUGGAGGACUAUAAAAGUCCCCCCGUUCCUGGACUAGGAACUCCUACCUUAGGGUGCUUAUUUGCUUUCGGUGGAUGAAGAAAAUCUUUACUGUUUGGCUUGUGUGAAUAUAUUCAAAGGGCAUUCUCCACCUGCCCACCAGAUUCACUGAAAUCCUCUGAUGAAUGGGCACCCAUUAAAAGCCCACUGGUAGUGGGUGAAAAUGGUCAGUAUUACCCUCCACAGGGUGGAAUGCUUUUGGACACGUUUGUAUUUGUUUACUUCUUAUUGUGGGGUGGGGAUGCACCCCGCUUUGAAGGAGUCAAAAGCGGAUCAAAUCACAUGGCACAGAAUUCUCUUGGACCAAUUUCUGCUUGCACGUGGAAGUCUAGCAUGUGAGGGGGUGAGAGUUCUAGCCCACCCAAACUCCCUGGGAGGCUAGCUUUCUACACGCAGGGAAGUGUUCACUCUGCAUACUUUGGUGUUCGUUCCUGCGGUUCAAUGUGGAACUCAUGUGCCAUGUGAUUCACCUGCAAGUGUUGAUUGGCUUUCAGCCACUCCUAUAGAAGUGGGUUGUCAUUUCCCCCUUACGACACUGGCUGUCCUGUUUUGCAUUCUCUCCAAGCGGAGGAUAAUGUACAUAUCCGUAAUGUCUGCAACAUGCGCCAAUGUCAGCUUGCUGUCAUUUAUAGCAAAGGGGGUUCGAUAAUCAGUGUGGGGGGGGGGUCAGGCUUCUCCGACCUGGCGCUCUCCAGAUGUUUUGUUCUUCCAUUUCCACCAGACCCUACCAGCACAGCUGUUUUGAACUACAACUACAGUGGUACCUCGGCUUACGAAUUUAAUGCGUUCCGAACGCACAUUCGUAAGUCGAAAAAAAUUGUAAGUCGAAUCCCAUAGGAAUGCAUUGGGAGAAAAAAAUCCGUAAGUCGAAAAAAUCCUAUCUAAACCGCAUCCGAGAUGGCGGACGGAGCUCCGUUCGUAAGUAGAAACAUUCGUAAGUAGAGUUAUUCGUAAGUCAAGGUACCACUGUACAGUGGAACCUCGGUUUAUGAACACCUCGGUUUAUGAAUUUUCGGUUUAUGAACGCCACGGACCCAUCUGGAACGGAUUAAUUCAUUUUCCAUUACUUUCAAUGGGAAAGUUUGCUUCAGUUUAUGAACGCUUCAGUUUAUGAACAGACUUCCGGAACCAAUUACACCCAUGCUUCAGUUUAUGAACGCUUCAGUUUAAGUACUCCGCGGACCCGUCUGGAACGGAUUAAUCCACUUUCCAUUACUUUCAAUGGGAAAGUUUGCUUCAGUUUAUGAACGCUUACUCCACGGACCAUCUGGAACGGAUUAAUUCACUUUCCAUUACUUUCAAUGGGAAAGUUCACUUCAGUUUAUGAACGCUUCAGUUUAUGAACAGACUUCCGGAACCAAUUGUGUUCAUAAACCGAGGUACCACUGUACAGCCAUUUUGGCUGGGGGAUGCUGGGAGCCGUAGUCAAAACAUCUAAGAGGACACCAUUUUGGGAGAAGGUUGGGUUCCGGAUAUCACGGGCAGAGCCAACACAUUUGUGCCUGGUGAAAAGGCUGUGGAUACAGGCGUUUCCCUAUUCAAGUGUAAGGGGAAACAUAAAGGCUGAACUGACCCCCACAUAGCCUGCCAGAAUCAAUUUGGUGCAGCAGGAAAAAACUGUUAGCAGAUUUAUAUGAUUGCCACUAGAAGGCUAGCCGUGAGCACCCAGCAGUGCUGGGUGUGAGUGGCCAAAUGUUUUUGCCAGUGUGUAAAUUAUUCAACUUUUUUUUAUUAUAAUAUGUGUGUGUCUUUUGGGGGAGGGGGGAGGGUCGAAUUAGGUUCAGCCCUAGCCACUUUGUGCCUGAGAUAAAAUUUCGCAAGGCACCACUUUUGCCCAUUGACAUGAGGAAAAGUCAAUAUGACGAUUCCUCUGGAUACGUUCAUAUAGGGCUGAGUAAAAGUGUUUGAAAGUGCUGGUGGAUCGGGUCUGUCUGUCCCACUGGUACCCAAAAGACAUCGGCUAGAACAGCCACCCCUAGUGUCUGUCCUCUGUCGGAGGCAGUAUACAGGGGAAGGUAGAAAAAACCCACCACUGUUGAGGACUUCAGUACUGAGAGUUCUUGGGCUUCUGGUCUCUUCUGGCCUCCUGUUUAUGGAUUGAUAGAAGGGCAGAAGUCUCCCCACGAUACCAUUUGUUUCAUAAAACCAGAUUUCUAUGGUGGGGGGUAGGCCCUGUGUCAUUGUUAACCGCCGCCUGAGUUGUCCAUAAAGCACAAGGUAUUUUGUGACAACCGGAGUGGUGUAGUUGUGAAAAGUGUCUAAUCGGGACCCAGGGAAAUUUGAGUUACUGUCCUCACUCAGCCAUGAAGCCCGAUGGGUGACUUUAGGCCAGUCACUCUUCGGACAUAACUAUCCUGGCUUCAUACCCCAUGGUUUUUGGGAUUCUGGCUAGUAACAGAAAGCCACAGUUUCGUGUGUAAUGGGAAACCGUGGUUUGGUUCACCAGUAUUAACAUAGGAAGCUGCCUCACACAGAAUCAGAGCUCAGAAUUGCCUACAUAGGCUAUCGGCGACUCUCCAGAGUUUCAGAUCUGAGACAUCACCACCGGCCCUACCUGGAGAUGCCAGGGAUUGAACCCGGGGCCUUCUGCUUGCAAGGCAGAUGUUCUACCACUGAGCUACGUCCCUUUCUUUGAAGCCACCGGGGAGGGAAAGCAGUGCGUAGGCUCGGUUUCACAAACCAUGGUUUGCAAAGCCAGGAUCGUUACAUCCCGACUGACCGUGUCUGUCAGCUUAGCCUACCUCACAGGGUUUUGUCAUGAGCAUAUAAAGGGUAGGCAGAGGACCGCAUAUGCCAUGUUGAGGUCCUUGGUGGGAGAGUGUUAACAAAAUCACCACCGUUGUGGAGGCAUCGUAAUUUUUGCACAAACAGCUCUGGGGAAUUGUAUCUAUCCGGUUUCCUGUCCGGUGAUGCCAUCGCCGCUCUCGUCCCCGAUCCUUCCUUCCAGUAGUGUGCGAUCCUUGCAGUAUCACACCCAGCCUGAACCGUCCCAGCUAGGGAUGUGUUGUCAAGUUCUCCUUUCGUGAACCGUCCGGGUCAUGCCAUCUGAUCAACGAGGCGACUGAGGGAACCUCUGGCGUAACCAGAGCACAAAGAAGGCCAGGCCGCCCUCUCCGGUUUCAUUUGCCCUUCAAAUAAAGCUCUAUUUUUGUCUUA